AUUACACUGAAUCUUGUCUUCCAGAAUGUUCCAAUUAAAUUACAGAGGUUGAUAUUAUGACACUCUUGAGAACUUUUUUACUUUAAUGCACAGAUCAGUUUGUAUUGCCAAACAAAUAAAUAUAUACAACCUCUUUCAACAAAUCAAACGCGCGGGAAUCACCGCACGCAUAAAAAACGACGCAUCUCGUCUUGAAACAAUCGUUGUCUGUACCAUCGAUUUCAAAUGUUCAUUUCAUGCGAAACAAUAAAUCGAUUAGUCACGUAAAUUUUUAAUCAGUUGUUGUUCAGUGGUCGCCCACGCCGCAUCCAGGAUGCUCCUACACACGCUGAUAUUAGUUGUUGCGAUCGUCAUUUGUUUACAUGUGUACUUUCGGUACAGCUAUAGCGGGAGAUUAAUUCACAAGUUAAAUGGACCAAAAGGAAUAUUUCUGUUUGGGAAUAUAUUUGAUAUAUUCAUUUCUCCUGAAGAAAUAUUUAGGACACAAAUACGAUGGCGUAAAGUUCACGGUAACAUCUUCAGGCUGUAUGGCCUGCACUAUCGAGCCGUGUACUUGUAUAAGCCGGAGUAUAUUGAGGCAGUACUAUCUUCUACACGCCACACACACAAGGGAAUGCCCUACACCUUUUUGUAUCCGUGGUUAGGCGAAGGACUAUUGACAAGCGCAGGUGAAAAAUGGCAACAUCGUCGUAAACUGCUGACCCCGGCGUUCCAUUUUCUCAUCCUGAAGAAGUUUUUCAUAACAUUUUGUGAGAGAGCCGAGGAGCUAAUGAAAACUUUUGAUAAGGAAGCCGACAAGGACAGAACUGAGUUGUUCCCGUUGUUGAGCAAAUCAACUCUUAGUAUUAUGUGUGAGACAUCAAUGGGCACUACUCCGCAAGAAGACAUAGAAACUCUAACCAACAAAUACUUCCAGCCGGUUCACACUCUAUCCACCAUUAUAAUCUACCGCGUCACCAGGCUCUGGCUGUUCACAGAGUUCAUGUUCCAGUUCAGCAAUGUCUCCAAAAUACAGAGCUUAGCUCUGAAGUCCUUGAACAACUUCACUACACAGAUAAUUCAGUAUCGGAGGAAGAGCAGGAAUCAGAUGCCGGUGUCCGUCGCCUUUGGUGAUGAAAGUGAUGAUGUUUAUGGAAAGAAAGCUAAGCUAGCGAUGUUGGAUCUGUUGCUAGAUGAAGAGAGAAAAGGCAGAAUUGAUGAGAAGGGAAUUAGAGAGGAAGUUGAUACUUUCAUGUUUGAAGGUCACGACACCACGGCAACAGCACUUUGUUUCUUGAUAAUGAGUCUGGCGAACGAGCAAAAGAUACAGGCCUUAGUUAGGGAGGAGAUGCUGAGUAUUUUCGGCGAUUCUCAAAGAAUACCAACCAUCGAAGACCUAUCCAAAAUGAAGUAUUUAGAAUGUUGUAUCAAGGAGUCUUUACGCCUAUAUCCGAGCGUGCAUUUUAUUUCAAGAAUGUUAACUGAGGAUCUGAAGAUUGACGGCUACAUCAUACCAAAAGGCACGAUAUGUAAUUUCAACGUAUUUGACAUUCAUCGUAAUCCGGAAAUAUUUCCGGAUCCAGAAACGUUCAUCCCGGAGAGGUUUCUACCAGAGAAGUGUGCCAAUCGUCAUCCAUAUGCGUAUAUACCGUUCAGUGCGGGUCCCAGAAACUGUAUUGGACAAAAAUUCGCUAUGAUGGAACUGAAGACUGUCAUAUCGAGUCUUCUCCGCAAGUUCCAUUUGGAAGCCAUCACGAAGCCAGAAGAGCUCGUCUUCAAGCCUGAUCUGGUGUUACGAACCAGCAAGCCUGUCUAUGUGAAGUUUUGUAAAUUGAUGAAGAAUGACUGAGGAGUCAUCAUAUAACACAUUAUGGAAGGGGUUCGGACGUUAUACGUAUAUCUUGAAAAUUUAAGAUGAAGAAUUUCUGGAUAAUAAGUACAAGUACAAUAAUGCCACAUAUAAAGACUUAAAUAUAAACACAAAUCUCGUACUAAUUUGAAAGUUAGGGCUCUUAAUAAAAAUAGCGAGAAGUAAAUGUGGUUUUUGCCGGAUAAGUAAUGUAUGGAGAAGGUCUUAAACUAAAGACAAAGGGCAAAGCUUUCUAUUAAUUAACAUUUGUAAUUAAUGCGUAAGCCGUUUUCUGUCUUUAACAUAACAAUUGUUUGUAAGGUAUUUAUUAAAAUGAUUUGAAACUGCAGCAACAAUGCAUUACGUAUUUAGAAUAAGCGGUAAAGAUAGGUAUUAAAUUAAUACUAAAAUUUAAUCUUUAGUGUUGUAAAAGAACCUUAAUGUAUAAUUAAAAGGACUUAGGUAAUAAAUAAUUCUUUAAGUU